GCAGGCUCGAGUAGUAGCGGUUGCUGGCGCAUGCGCCUUUCCCCUCCACCCGGCCGGUCAAGAAGCGAGGCGGAACCAGCGGAGAAACCGCCGCCCAGAGAGCGGCCAGGAAGCUCUGCUGUAGCCGGCGAAGCAACCGAGCCUUUUCGGUGCCAUUCGCUCGGCGGUUCCUUAUCAGCCGCUUCCUCCCAGCGAAAGCCGGUGACAGAGGCCGGUAACGAGAAACGGAGCCGGAGGCGGGGCUUCUUGGCGUUUUCUGAGCUUUCCUGCUGGGCAUUGCCAGAAAGAUGGAGAGGAGCAGCGUCCUGGCCCGGUAAACGCGCAGGUCGAUUGGCAUUCUGGACCAUGGACUCACUUGAGACACCCUGAGGUGUGAAAAUGUCGCACGGCAACAGGGCGCUCGUGGUAGACUUUAUCUCCUACAAGCUGUCGGAGAGGGGCCACAGCUGGGGUGAGUUUGAGGAGGAGAGCGAAACCAGGACUGAGCUGGCAGAUGAGACGGGCAGCGUUCCCAACGGGAGUCCGUCUUGGCACCCUAACCCCAGCCCAGCCAUAAAUGGGGCCACAGGGCACCCCAGCAUCCUCAGCGAUCUUGAAGACAGCCCCAGGUUGGAUGUGAGGCAGACGCUACGAGAGGCAGGCGAUGAGUUUGAACUGAGGUACCGGAGAGCCUUCAGCGACCUCACGUCCCAGCUCCACAUCACUCCUGGCACAGCAUACCAGAGCUUUGAGCAAGUGGUGAAUGAACUCUUCCGGGACGGGGUGAACUGGGGCCGGAUUGUGGCCUUUUUCUCCUUCGGAGGGGCCCUGUGUGUAGAGAGCGUCGACAAGGAGAUGCGCGUGCUGGUGGGACGGAUUGUCAGCUGGAUGGCUACUUACCUGACUGACCACCUGGACCCAUGGAUCCAAGAAAAUGGCGGCUGGGAGCGGUUUGUGGAUCUCUACGGGAACGACGCAGCGGCCAAGAGCAGGAAAGGCCAGGAGCGCUUCAACAAGUGGCUGUGGGGGGGAGCCACCGUGGCCGGGGUCCUCCUCCUCGGCUCCCUCCUGAGCCGCAAAUAGCCAGAGACUGACUCUCUCCGCCGCCCUUUCCAAGGGCCCUGCUGCAUCCUAUUCCUCAGCCUUGUGAUCAUUCCAGGGGGGGACGGGGGCCUCUGCAUAGCAAACCCCUCAGUCUGACCCCGGGUCUCACCCCCCCACACACAUACACAACAACUCACAGACCUCUUUCUGGUGCCUCCGACCCCACAGACACCUCCGACCCUAGGCCACUGUUGCAUGCACAGGGGCCUGGGACCCAUCCCACCUUUGGGUGCUAUGCCUCCAAUCCUGGUAUUUAGUUUGCUGGUUGUUUUUUUUUCUAUAAAGCACCCCCCCCCCCUCGACAGGCCUGGUUCGUGUUUGGUUUAUUGCCGGGGGGGGGGCAGGGGAGGGAGCUGGCUUUUUUUGUAAGGGAGCCCCAACCCCUCUGAUGUCUUCUGAGCUCAGCAAAUCUGAUGAUGGGCAGACGGGCAUGACAGAUGUCCUGCACAGAGGAGCAAGCCAAUCGGGCUUCCCUGCCAUGACCAGAGAGGGCCCUUGCAGCCAGCAAAGGGGAAAGGGGCUCCUUCUGAACGAGCCUGCCCCUCACUCUGUGGGGCAGUGCUUGGCUGGAUAGCAGGCAGGCAUUCCGGAGCCUGCCAUGGGGAGAUUCGAGUGCAGGGCCCACUGGCAACCUCUCCUUUUCCCAGGCAUGCGGCCCCCUGGGUCUCUCGUCCUUUCCUUUCAAGGUCAUUUCUAAGGGUGUUUCCCCAGUGCCCCACAGCACAGGAUCUAGUCCAGGGCUUCCUUCAGAGCCACCACACCUGGUGCAGACUGAGGUGUGGGGUGGUUGGGGGGAGGGAUUCCUCCUUUUCUUCCUUUUGGCAGUGAAGGUUGCCGUCUGGAGUGCUCCCAUGAGGCUCCCGUUCCCUCUGCUGAAGGCCAACAGGCCUCCCCAGUCUCUCUGGGUCUUGCCAUCCCACCAAGCCGCCCCCUGGCCCUUUCUUCCUCUUUCCACCACUCAUGUCGGCCCCCUUUGCUCUGCCGCUCCCAAGACCCCGAAGGCCUUCCAGUCCCAAGGGCCCUGUUUCUUUAUGCGCAGGUCCAUUUGCCUCCAGCGCAUGAGAAUACCCCACAGAUCCACUGGGUUUGCAUUUAAAAACAGCCAUUGCCUGUAGGGCGCUGUGCCUGCAUUUGGGCAAAAUGACCAAGAAUCGGAGGUGCUGGGAGUGGCGUGCAGCAUCCCUUCCACCCCACCCCAAUAGCAGGUGCAGGGGGUGGCUGAUAGCCCCAAGGUGGCUGGGUUGGUGCACCGGCCAUUGGGCUGAUGUAGGUCUCCCUCUCCCUGCCCCUCAUUAUUCCACCUCUCCUGAAAACAGACACCACCUUGUCCCCUCCUCUGCAACAGGAAGGAACCCCAGGCUUCUCUGCCUGAGUAUCUGAGCUCUAGAGGACGUGGCCUGGACAGCCAGUUGUUUCCAACCCUCUGCUUGGUUGCGAGAAAAGAGCAGGCGCAAAAUGGCGAGGAGAGAGCCCUGGGCUGCCGAGAAGGAGACGAGAGUCCGCUAUCCAGAGCAGAGCAGCCUCUGGAAGGUGUUUACGAUCAGCAGCUAAUUGCUCGGCUGGCACUCUGGGGACUCUCCCUGGCGGCUGCCCAAAGAACUUCCAGUAAGGGCAAAAAUCAACAGCAUGGGCCGGUGGACCAGGCUGUGCAGAGGAUUUGAUGGGAAGAGGUGGUGCGUCUGCGCAAAUGUGCUUUCCCAAGACGCAACAGAAGGAGGCGGGUGGCAGGAACGGCUCCCUUCCCCCCCCCCAUUUUCAGCGUGUGGGACGCCUGCACGUUCUCCCUUUCCUCCAGGUGGGAGAAGGGCAGGGUGCAUGGGGGGGCAGUGCCUCCUUUUGCGUGGAGGAGGGGAUUUCCAGGUGCAGAGCAGCCCUGGGCACACGGCUGGGCCUUGUCUGAUUGAUGGUGCUACCUCAGUGCUUUACGAUCCUUGCCAGCCCCUCUCUUGGCUGUUGCCAUGGAAGCCUGGCCUGCAGGGUUAAAGGACCGGGGGGGGGGGCAUUCAGAGUCAACCGUGCUCAGAAGCGACUCCUGCGGGACACUCAGACAUGGUUGUGGGUUGGGGGGAGGGAGAGGAAGAGCCUUUUCCUUCCAGGGAAGGGUGGGCCUGUUUGCGUCUCCCUUGGUCUCUGCAGCAGCCAAGGGAAUGGGGACUACCUGGGGAGGGGGGUGGGCCAGGCCGGUUUAGAAUGAGUGCACGGUGGAGGGGGGCACGUGCAGGGAUAGAGGGCCAGGUUGUGCACCCCUUUUCCUCCCCUCUCGGCAGCAUCGUAGCCCCUUUCCCUGCUCCCAUCCCCGCUUCUGACCCCAGGAGCCCCAUCCCGGAGAGCCCAGGGCCUUCCUCCACAAGUGGAACCGUUUGAAACCCCCGGGGCUGCUGGCUUUUGUCAAAAUGCCCACCUGUCCCAUCGAGAGCCCGUUCAGCUUGCCUGCCCCUUGUCCCCACCCCUGUACAGGCUCAGCUGUAUAUAUCGGAGAGUAGUUUUUAUUCAGUUGUGAAUACAAUAAUACUAUUUUUGUUAACUGUAUGUCUGUAUUUAUGUGUGUGGACUGUGCUCUCCCCCCCCCCAUCCCAGUUAACCUCAUUUUCCAUCAACCGGUCCGAGCCAAUGAGAUUGGAACACGGCGGGCAUCAAGCCAGGGGUGCCAGCAGCCCCCCCCCCGUGAUGGGAGCCCCCGCCCUGCCCUCCCUGGCCCUCUUGAUUUGAAGUGUGGCUGUUGAACCUGUAACGCGCCCGCCCACCUGUUUGUGUUCAGGCAACCCUUAUUAGGAAAAGAAGUUUGAUUUGAAGGUGAAAAGUUCAGUUCUUCAAAUAAAAACUGUGGUGUUUGAAUUA